CGGGGCCAGGCGGGGCUGGCGCUCUGACAGUGCUGCGGCGCGCCGGAAGCAGCCCGGGCUGCGGUGUAGCGGCGCGGCGGCUGGGCCGCUGGGACUUUGUCAACAUGCCGGUCAUCGGGAAGAUUUUCCGUCGCCGCCGGGGCGACUCGGAGUCAGAGGAAGAUGAGCAGGACUCAGAGGAGGUUCGAUUAAAACUGGAAGAGACCAGAGAGGUACAGAACUUGAGGAAGAGGCCCAACGGGGUGAGUGCUGUGGCCCUGCUGGUGGGAGAGAAGGUGCAGGAAGAGACCACUCUAGUGGAUGAUCCUUUUCAGAUGAAGACAGGUGGUAUGGUGGAUAUGAAGAAACUGAAGGAAAGGGGCAAAGAUAAGAUUAGUGAAGAGGAGGACCUGCACCUGGGGACGUCGUUUUCUGCAGAAACCAACCGAAGGGAUGAGGACGCAGACAUGAUGAAAUACAUUGAGACAGAGCUAAAGAAGAGGAAAGGAAUCGUGGAACAUGAGGAACAGAAAGUGAAGCCAAAGAAUGCAGAGGACUGUCUUUAUGAACUUCCAGAAAAUAUCCGCGUUUCCUCAGCAAAGAAAACUGAGGAGAUGCUUUCCAACCAGAUGCUGAGUGGCAUUCCUGAGGUGGACCUGGGCAUAGAUGCUAAAAUAAAAAAUAUCAUUUCCACCGAGGAUGCCAAGGCCCGUCUGCUGGCAGAGCAGCAGAACAAGAAGAAAGACAGCGAAACCUCCUUCGUGCCUACCAACAUGGCUGUGAAUUACGUGCAGCACAACAGAUUUUAUCAUGAGGAGCUCAACGCGCCCAUACGGAGAAACAAAGAAGAGCCCAAAGCCCGGCCCUUGAGAGUAGGCGACACGGAGAAGCCAGAGCCUGAGCGGUCCCCUCCUAGCCGUAAGCGUCCUGCUAAUGAGAAGGCAACUGAUGACUAUCAUUAUGAGAAGUUCAGGAAGAUGAAUAGGCGGUACUGAGCUGUGCAGAGUGGGCUGUGAAUUCUGCCUUCCCUCCCUACAUCCCUCCCACGAGAAAUGGCUUCCUGGGCAGAGCGUGCUCAUCUGCCAGCAGACAGCUCUGGAAACAGACUCUAUUCGUCCCUCUGCUUACCUGCUGGAUUUGUCAAGCACGAAAUUUAUAACUUUUGGAAACAAAACAAUAUGUAAUUGUCCACCUGGGGGCAAACUCUAUUCUUGUGAGCAUUAUUAAAUCUUGUUUUUAAAUAUAUUGACUUUCUCUUAAUAUUUGCCCUGGGUCAGGAAGAAACUGUGUUCAUAGUGUGAUAAUAUCCUUUAGAUUGUUAUGCAUCAUGUCUUCUGCUUUCACAUAUCUGGGAUGGAGUCAGAAAUGCUGCCUCCAUUGAUUACAGUGGGUCCAGCUGACAGAAAAAUCAAGGAUGAGAUGAGGAGGAUACUGGUGUUUUCUGACCUUUACAAAAUUACUUGUUUUCAUUAAAAAAGAAAAAGCAAAAACUAUGUUUCUUAUUACUAUUAGAAUUUAAUUAUUAAAUACAAAACGAGUCCAACCUUA